ACAUACGAUGGAAACUAGACCAAUUGUGUAUUAAAUUUCGCGCCAUUUUUCUGUUGUACUCUUGUUGCUUAAUUUUAACGUACAAGACAGCAGAUUAUAUAUUUUUCUAGGCGAAUAUAUAUAAAAUUCGUGUGUAUGUGCUGUGUAAUCAUCUCGAGUGAUAUAUUUGCUGGAUACAGAAUUUAUAAUAGUGACAGAUUUUAAACUGCAUAUAUAUAACCUUACUUUUGCACAAAUACGAUUAUAAUGGGCGAUAUUUCGGAUUUGCUUGAUUUACUACCAGUUUAUUAUUCGAGAUUGUUUCCUUUUGCCGAGUAUUAUAGGUGGUUAAGUUAUGGAAAUGCGGCUACCUUUGGUAAAAGAGAAUUUUCGUUUACGCUCUCCGACGAUAUUUAUAUACGUUAUCAAUCCUUUAAUAACCAGAAGGCACUAUCGGAUGAAAUUAAAAGAUUGCUGCCACAUAAGAUAGAUAUAGGAGCAGUUUAUAAUGUUCAACCAAAGGAACAGAAAAGAGUUCCCAAUUUUCAUCCGAUUGAACGAGAAUUGGUGUUCGAUAUAGACAUGACUGAUUACGAUGAAGUAAGAACGUGCUGUAAAGGAGCGGAUAUUUGCAAUAAAUGUUGGAAAUUUAUGUCGCUCGCUUGUAAAAUAUUAGACAAUGCAUUGAGGCUGGACUUUGGCUAUAAACACAUCUUAUGGGUAUUCUCCGGUAGAAGGGGUAUUCAUUGCUGGGUGUGUGAUACCACGGCACGCAGUUUGUCGGGGCAAGUACGAGCUGCAAUUGCAGAAUACUUGCAAGUCAUAGGCGGAGGCGAAUUCAUGAAGAAAAAAGUGUAUCUUGCUGGCAGUAAAAUUCAUCACUCCAUUAAGCGUGCUCUCAAUAUAAUUAAUCCUGUUUUCGUCGAGAUGUGUGUCAAAGAGCAGAAUAUGCUAGGUACAGAAGAGGGAAUUCAAAAAUUUCUCUCGAUACUGCCCAACGAAGACGACAGACGAGAAAUAAAAACAUUGUUUAACAAAGAAAGCACCAGUGAAGCCAGAUGGAAUGCAUUCGUAGCGUAUAUCGAAUCUAAACGACCCGCGGGAGACCGAAAAUGGUACUUGUAUCGUCAUAUGAUAGAAGAAAUUAAAUUACAAUAUUCGUAUCCGAGAUUAGAUAUAAAUGUCAGCAAAGGGUUGAAUCAUUUGUUGAAAUCACCCUUUUGCGUUCAUCCAAAGACCGGGAAAAUUUGCAUACCGUUCAACGUGAAUGCAGUAGACAAAUUCGACCCUGACAAGGUCCCUACUAUAAUGACACUAAUGAAAGAAAUCGACGUGUACGAUGUAAAGGAUAAAGCUGAGCAAGAAAAGUAUGAGUUAAAUACGAAACGAAUAAAAGAUUACAAGAAGACGAGUCUGAAUAAAUCGCUACACGUUUUCCAAGAAUUUUUGCGUCACUUAGAAGCCGAACGAAGGGAGCAGAGAUUAAAAGGAGAAAUUUCAGCUGAUACUAUGGAAUUUUAAUAUAGAAGUGGAAGACAAGGUAGGAAGAUAAGUUUGUUUAAUAUUCUAAGAUGUGGUGCUGCCUCUUCUUUGCAUUCAGUGUAACAAGUAUUUAUAACACUUUAAUAUAUUUUUAUAAAAUGGG